CAUUUGAUGGGCAAAAUGAAAGACAGUGAGUGGUUCUGCUGGCUGACGGGUUCAUAUGUCAGUCAGACGCGCACACACAGAUGGACAAACACACCCAUAGACUCACUCGCAUACUCACACACACACACUUCUUAUGACAGACACACGGCAUCCAUCGAGUAGGUCCCUUGUCUGUCUGUCUGUCUGUCACACCCUCAUCAACACAGCAGCCGACGGCGUCGGCCGGUCACGUCCUGUGAUCAUGUUCAUCAGUGUGUGUGUCAUGAUGUUGUCCGUGCAGGCCAAACCUGCCACCGAAACAGUUGACACGUCGCUCAGGAUUGAGUGGUUCAUUCAGUCAUGCAGUCAGUGAGCCUGACAAAAAAAUGAGUUAAGCCCCCCCUCGCCCAUCCAUCCUGACCGCAAUGCAUUCAGUCCACAUAAGCCAUGCAGACGCACUCAGUUCCCCUCCACCAAUUCUCGUCACUGCCAGAUGGGCAGACCCUCUCCACCAGUUAAAUGCACCACCAACACCCUUCACCCCAUUACUGUACGUCACGCUCCAGCUCAAAUGGUCGCAGCAGACGGCGGGCGGCACCAACCGACUCGGGGUAGCGGUCAGCGAGCGGCUGAGACCGAUCGGCAGCAGGCCGCUCGGUCGUGUGCAGGUAGAUGUAGCCGUACUCCACCACCAUAUGACGGUCUCGUUGGGUCGGAAGCCGCUCAGAAUCAGACGACGAAAGUCCCACACACCAGAAUCAUUCAGAUCGCCCCCAUCAUAGCGGUAGUCGACAGCGAUGCCCAAAUCCUCUGUGAUGUCGUCGGCCCUCAGCAGACGGCGACGCCGAGGAUCAUCACGGCCGAUGUUGGCCGACAGCACCCUCCUGUGACCCACUCCCUGUCCAUCCGACCAGCAGAAGAGCAUCCUGUGCAGCAGGAAUGCCGAGAACGAGCGUAUGAGAUUGGCGCCCUGGCGGAUGACGGGAUCAGUCCGCUUGUAGCCCUCAGCGUAGCGAUGGCCGCCCGGCAGCUCACCCAACGGCACCACACGAAAUGACUCAUAGCCGAUCCGAUAGCUCCCACUGCCGAUUUGCUGCAGCGCCAGGCUGGGUGUGUUGUGUGUGAGCUGCUGGCUGAACGUCUUGUAGAUGGCCAUGGCCAAGGGCAGCUGGUGGAAGGCCGUUGCUGUGGGCAGUGCGUCAGCCGACAGCCGGAGGAGCCGCGUUGCAUUGGGCGUCAGCCGAUAGAUGAAGGCCAUCCGAAGGAACCGCCCCAUCGCCCGCCACUCCUCGCCACUGCCCCGCUCCAGCACAUAGACCACCUUCAAGCCGGCCUCCACAUCACCGCCAAUGUCGAAGGCCAACACGUCCGCCAGCCCCAGACGAAUGAUGUGCUCAUCCACGCGGCGCCUGACCUCACAGAGCAUCGUGUCGACAUCAUCGGGAUGGCUGUUGCUGAUGUGUGAGCGGAGAGCGGCGCGUCUGUUGGGGUCAGGUGACAUGGCCACUGCAGCCGCCUUGCUGAUGGCGAUGCUGCGCAGGGGCGGGACUGCCGGCGGGGCGGUGUGGCGAGUGGCAUGGGGAGGGGGAGGCUGGGCAGAGGACGCCAUCAGUCAGUCAACCCACCUGAAUCAAGGACACACACAAAGUGGCAAUCAGUGCUGCCGAGAUGAGUGUGCUCACCUUAGAACACUUGGCUAUGAAGGAAUCUCUGUCAGCAGCCCACCGCCAUAUGUGAUGGAUGCGCUGGUGACUCUGCAGGCACACACACAGCAGCAUUAUCCAUCAGUGUCAGUCAAUGCGACAGCGAAGGAAUCGGACGAGCCACUGACCGUCAGCAAUGGCUCCAGCGGCCCAAACUUUGAGGAGCAAUCGAGUGGCUAGGCGGCCGUCGUUAGCGAGCCAACGAGGCACUGUGAGAGAUCUGCAGGCACACAAAACACCAAGCAGCAGUCGACUGAAGCAUUUCAACGCUUCAUCUGCCUCUUUCGCCGCCACCUUACCCUCUCUGAGCG